UUCUCUUCUUAAUUAUAAUUUCAGCACGAAACAGACGGGUUUGUGUUUUAUUUUAAAUUACUCAUCACUCACGUGUCUAUCUGGUCAGAUUAUUUUAAAUUAAAUGAAAAUCCGAUCCGAACCGAGACCCGGGAAGCGGCAGAACUCUGAGAAGCCUGGUUCUAAAGCGGCCGAGCCGGGACCCCGACAGCGUUGGGAUCGCCUGGUGCGUCGGUCGGCUCCGGUUCUGAGAUGCUGGCCCGGAAAGGCUUGCUCCCGGACGGGUUCCUGUUGACCCGGCUGGCGGAGGAGAGCUGUGGUCAGUCCCGGUACCGGCACCGGACCCAGCGAGCUCGCUUCAUCAACAAGAGUGGCUCCUGCAACGUGGCGCACAAGAACAUCAGAGAGCAGGCGAGAGAGGUCUCGCUCUCAUUCUUGGUUGAUCUGAAAUGGCAGCACUGUCUCUUCAUCUUCACCUCCUCUUUCCUCUGCUCCUGGACUCUCUUUGCCAUGGCCUGGUGGCUCAUCGCGUUUGGACACGGGGACCUGGAGCCUGGGACCGCGGACCCGGGUUCCGCCCUCACCCCCUGCGUCACCUCCCUCCACUCCUUCACCUCCGCCUUCCUCUUCUCCAUUGAGGUGCAGGUGACUGAAUCCAUUGGGCAGCGCAUGGUGACGGAGGAGUGCCCGCUGGCACUGCUGGUUCUGAUUAUUCAGAACAUCGCGGGUCUGCUGAUCAACGCGGUGAUGCUGGGCUGCAUCUUCAUGAAGACAGCGCAGGCCAACAGGCGGGCCGAGACGCUGAUCUUCACCCGCUGUGCCGUGGUGGCGCCGCGAGGGGGACGCCUCGCCCUCAUGUUCCGAGUCGGGGAUCUGAGAAAGAGCAUGAUUAUCUCCGCUCACCGAUAUCCUCUCCCUCACCCUGAGCCUCUCCCAGCCCGAGCCUCUCCCAGCCCGAGCCCCUCCCUCACCCCGAGCCUCUCCCUCCAGGUGAUCCGGAAGACGGUGACGGCGGAGGGCGAGGUGAUCCCGGUGUGCCAGCUGGAUAUCCAGGUGGAGAAUCCGAUCCGGACGAACUCCAUCUUCCUCGUGUCUCCGCUGGUGAUCAGCCACACGCUGGACCGCAGCAGCCCCCUGUACGAACUGUCCGCCCAGAGACUGGCCAGCGGUCAGGAGGACCUGGAGAUUGUCGUCAUCCUCGAGGGAGUUGUAGAGACCACAGGGAUCACCACGCAGGCCCGCACCUCUUACCUCCCUCAUGAGAUCCUGUGGGGGCGUCGUUUCGUUCCCAUCGUCAGCGAGGAGGACAGCCGAUACACUGUGGAUUACUCUAAAUUCGGGAACACCGUCAAAGUGAAAACUCUCUCCUCUCUCUCUGAGCUC